CCCGUCUCAUGAGGAUUUGAGGGCGUCCCCGAGGGGGCCCCCGCUUGACAGUGGGCCUGCCAUGGCGAAGUCGGUUUGUUUGCUGGUGCCUCUGGCGUUGCUGGUGGGCUUGGUCCUGGGCCCCGGAGCCGGGGGAGCAGCUUUGGAGUUUGGGGGCAUGCCGGGGCAGUGGGCUCGCUAUGCCCGGUGGGAUGCCAGUUCCUCUGGGGAGCUGAGCUUCAGCAUCAAGACCAACGUGUCUCGCGCGCUGGUCUUGUACCUGGAUGACGGGGGCAACUGUGACUUCCUGGAACUCUUGAUCUUGGAGGGCCGUUUCCGCUUGCGCUUCACCAUCUCCUGCGCGGAGCCGGCCAGCCUGCACCUGGAGACCCCCAUCAACGACGACCGCUGGCACAUGGUGCUCUUGACCCGCAACUACCGGGAGACCAUGCUGGUGGUGGACGGCGAAGCCCGGGUAGCCGAAGUCAAGUCGAAGCGGCGCGACAUGGCGGUGGAUAGCGAUCUCUUUGUGGGCGGCAUCCCGCCGGAUGUCCGCUUGUCGGCCCUGACGCUCAGCACGGUCAAGUACGAGAUGCCCUUCCGCGGGAUGGUGGCCAACCUCAAAGUGGGAGACAUGCCCCCCGCCCUCUUGGGUAGCCAGGGCAUCCGCAGCGACAUGGAAUACCUGUGUGCCAAGCAGAAUCCCUGCGUCAACGGUGGGAUUUGUACUGUGGUCAACGGCGAAGUGCAGUGUGAUUGCCGCCUCACCGGCUUCCAGGGCAAGUUUUGCAGCGAAGAAGAGCUCACGAUGGAAGGUACAGGACCAGGUAGUCCUCGACCUACGACCACAAUGGGGCCCAAAGUUUCCGUGGCUAAGCGAGACAGACGUUAA